GAUCUAGAACAGGCAAAGUUUUUAUUCAAAGCAACAUAUUCGUUUCGCUCAAAAUUCUGUACGUAAGAAAUUCAAAAUUAUUUCUCACCUUUCAUUUCCGGCAAAGCGUCCCUCACAUAGCCAAAAAAAAAAAGCAGCUAACGAAACAUUCAUUCAACGACUUUCAAGCUGAUUGAUAACCACGGAUUUUUUUACUUGUUGCGGCAGUGCGAGGUGCGUGUCUACUUUUUGCGCCUGAGCCUUAGUGUUGUGAAUCAGGACGCACCUAUUGAGGGAGUAGGAAACCAGGACCAAUAACUAAAUAGUUUCCUUCAUUCGACGCAAGAAUUGGCCGUGAUGUCGAGUCAUAGCUAUCGCACUACAACCGUUGAGUAUUACGAGUUCCUAAUGCCCGAUACCCAUGAGUCGAUGUUUUGGCCUUUAAAUGCGGCUGAGAAUUAUCUGGUAGUGCCGGACGACAACAAUUGCCAUAACGAGCUCAUCUAUAACAUGGUUCAAUAUUAUCAAAGGCCGACCAUCUUUGAAUACAGACAACAGGAUGAACCACAAUGCAACCAACCAAUAGCUAAUUCCGACGAUGAGCAAGAUCAUGUUGACGACAUGGAUAACGAAUUUGAUCAUCAGACUGAAAAUGUAGAGCCAUCAUCAUCCAAACCAAAAUGCAAACAAAAGCAUGUCUAUCAGGCAGAAGAAGGCUAUCUGGUGGAGGAACCCACGAGUGAAUCCUCAGAGGAGGAUCAAGAGAGCCCUUCAUAAGUUGUAUGGCUCUCUAUACGUCUUUUGGAACUACAGGCUCGCCCGAUCGCAUUGAAUUUCUGUUUUUCUUUCCAAUUAUGUUAAAUUUAUUGGUUGGUUGGGUGACGAAUCGACGGAAUGGUUUGGACAAUGAAUCGAUCUAGAUGACAUGUUCUGCAAACACAAAAGUGUUCAGGCUACCGAUAUAUGUUAAUCAUAUAUGUAUAUACAUAUUUUAUAUAUUUUUUGUGGGAUUUUUGCUUCUUCCCUGUUCUUGAAAAAGAGGCUUCCUUUAAAUAAAUAAAAUUAUAUUUUAUAAAUA